CGCUCCACCCUGAUCCUCUUAAACUGACGGAGGCUUCCCCGCUGCUGCGCACGGCUCGCACGCAGACGGGACUGAGCUUUUUCUUCAUCUGCUCACGACAAGUUCAGCAGCUGCGACGGAAGGAAGCGAGGUUCAGACGCAUGGUUCAAAGACACAAGAGCACCAGAAGCUUCGCUCUGGAGGGAUGCUCACUGAGUGAGGACAGGAUUCCCGAGCCCGGACAGAACUUGACGGGAAACACGAGUGAUCGUGGGAUUUUCCUGAAUGGGAAAGUCUCGCGCUCUAAUGAAAUCCUCAUAAAUCAUAGUUCAUCUGCUCCGGCCGCCUUUUUGCUUAACCAAAUGCCACUCUAAUGCCCACAGGUGGGGUUAAAAGCCCCCUGUUUGGCUUGAAAUCGCCUUGACGCCCCUGUGGAGGAUUUCUCUGGCGGUUCGUUCCCGAGGAGCGCAGCACAGCCGCUGAGAUGGACCGACACACUGCGCCAUGCGUCACCGCCAACCUGACAGGAUACUAACCGUCAUUUAUUUAAGACAACUUUCACAUUUUCAGAGUGGUUUAAGGUUGUUUUUUUCCCCGUAGCCAUUUUCAGUAAACUUUUGCUCCGCGGUCCUCCUCGUCUUUCUCGUCGUCACUCGGAUUUCCAUGAAGCGACCCAUCGGGUGAUUAUAGCUACUUUCUUUAGAGGAUUUUGCUGUGGGUGCAGCAGGACAUCAUGUGGACGCCGACAGAGGAUGAGAAAAUUGGAGUGGUCAUCUGCAACUUCCGAGGCUCAGUGACUCAGGGUUUGGCUCUGGAGGUGGGGGAGACUGUUCAGAUCCUGGAGAAAUGUGAAGGAUGGUACCGAGGGUUCUCGACGAGGAAGCCAAAUGUCAAGGGAGUUUUUCCUGCCAGCUACGUUCACUUGAAGAAGGCCAUCGUCACCAACAGAGGGCCACAUGAGACUGUGGUGCCUCUUGAAGACCCCAUUGUCACCGAGGUCACGUCAACACUGCAGGAAUGGGCCUUACUGUGGAAGCAGCUCUAUGUGAAACACAAGGUGGAUCUGUUCUACAAGGUUCGCCACGUGAUGAUGGAGCUGAUAGACCUGAGAAGGCAGCUGCUGUCCGGUCACCUGACACAAGACCAGAGCAGAGACGUCAAGAGACACAUCACCGUCAGACUCGACUGGGGCAACGAACACCUCGGUCUGGACCUGGUGCCGAGAAAGGAGUUUGAGAUGGUUGAUGAAGACCAGAUCAGCGUGUCAGACCUUUAUAAGAUGCAUCUUUCUAGCAGACACAGCGUACAGCAGAGCACCACACAGGGCGACAACGCCCGGCAGAGACAUGGGGAACCUUGUAGAGUUCCAGUACCUCAUCACCUGCUGGUCAACCUGAAGAGCUUCACCUACAACAGCAUAGGCGAGGACACGGACAUAUUCUUCUCCCUGUACGACCUGAGAGAGGGAAAGACCCUCAGUGAGAAGUUCAUGGUGAGACUGAACAAGAACGGAGGUCCAAAGAAUCCAGAGAAGGUGGACCGGCUGUGUGCCCUCUUCACGGAUCUGAGUAACAAAGACAUGAAGAGAGAUCUCUAUAUUGUCUCACAAGUUAUCAGGACAGGUCGAAUGCUGCUGAAUGACAGUAAGAAGGGUCCUCCGCACGUCCAGUACCGUCGACCGUAUGGCUGUGCGGUCCUGGCCAUGAGCGACGUGCUGCAGACCAUCUCAGAGCUCAAAGAGGAGAAAGAUUUUGUCCUUAAAGUGUACACGUGUAACAAUGAGAAUGAAUGGUACCAGAUCCAUGAGAACAUCAUCCGCAAGUCCAGCACCAAAUACACGGCACCCAGCACCAACUACGGGCUGAUCAUCUCCCUGCAGCUGCUGAGGGGCGACAUGGAGCAGGUCCGCAGAGAAAACCCGCUCAUUUUCAGCAGGGGGGUGGCCAUCACACGCAAACUGGGAUUCCCAGAUGUCAUCAUGCCCGGUGACAUCCGUAACGACCUGUACCUGACACUGGAGCGAGGAGAUUUUGAGAGGGGAGGGAAAAGCGUUCAGAAGAACAUCGAGGUGACCAUAUAUGUGCUUUACGCCGACGGAGAAAUCCUCAAGGACUGCAUCAGUCUGGGUUCAGGUGAGCCCAACGUGCCAGAGCACCGCUCCUUUGUGCUCUACCAUAACAACAGCCCGCGAUGGAGCGAGGUGAUCAAACUGCCGAUUCCCAUCGACCGUUUCAGAGGGUCCCACCUGCGCUUCGAGUUCAGACACUGCUCCACAAAGGACAAAGGGGAGAAAAAGCUGUUUGGUUUUGCCUUCACACCUCUAAUGAGAGAGGAUGGAACUACUCUCUCUGAUGAGAGCCACGAGCUGUAUGUCUACAAGUGUGAUGAAAACACGACCUUCAGUAACCACGCCCUCUACCUGGGGCUGCCCUGCUGUAAGGAGGACUUCAACAGCUGUCCCAACAUCCCCUCCAGCCUCAUUUUCCAGCGCAGCAUGAAAGAGACCUUCUGGAUUUCCACACAGCUCUCCUCCACCAAGCUCACCCAGAACGUGGACCUCUUGGCCCUGCUGAAGUGGAAGGCCCAUCCCGACCGGGUCAUGGACAUCCUUGGACGGCUUCGGCAUGUCAGCGGAGAAGAGAUCGUCAAGUUUCUUCAGGACAUUCUGGACACCUUGUUCUCCAUCUUGGAUGACAACACAGACAAAUAUGGGCCGCUGGUUUUUCAGUCAUUGGUGUUCAUUAUAAACCUGCUCAGGGACAGUAAAUACUACCACUUCAGGCCGGUGAUGGACACUUACAUCCAGAAGCACUUUGCUGGAGCGUUAGCUUACAAGGAGCUGAUCCGCUGUCUGAAGUGGUACAUGGAUCGCUCUGCUGAGGUGGUGAGGCAGGACCACAUACAGGAAGCCAUGAGGGCUUUGGAGUAUCUGUUCAAGUUCAUCAUCCAGUCUCGGAUCCUUUACUCUCGGGCCACGUGUGGCAUGGAGGAGGAGCAGUUUCGCACCAGCGUCCAAGAACUCUUUCAGUCGAUCCGCUUCGUGCUCAGCCUGGACAGCCGCAACUCCGAGACGCUCAUCUUCACUCAGGGCCCCCAGCCUUGUCCGGGCCCAAAUCAAGUCCCAGGUCCCGGCGCCGGGCUUCCCGCUCCCUUAGCACUAGCUCCUGCCCCGGGCCAACUGCAGUCCACUGUCCCAGGACAGGUUCCUGGCAGCGGACAGGCCAACUGCACUCAGGCCGUGAGCGCCAACGCUCUGCGGCCGACUCCGCUGUCAGCUGCACUUUUGAACUCGUUCCCAGCCAUCUUUGAUGAGCUGCUGCAGAUGUUUACGGUGCAAGAGGUGGCCGAGUUUGUGCGCGGCACCCUGGGCAGCAUGCCGUCCACGGUGCACAUAGGACAGUCCAUGGAUGUGGUCAAGCUGCAGUCCAUAGCUCGGACCGUGGACAGCCGGCUCUUCUCUUUCCCAGAGUCUCGGAGGAUCCUACUUCCUGUGGUCCUGCAUCACAUCCACCUGCACUUGAGGCAACAGAAAGAGCUUCUCAUCUGCUCUGGAAUACUCAGCUCUAUAUUCUCUAUCAUCAAGACCAGCUCGCUGGACACGUCGGUGCAGGAGGAGGUGGAGAUGAUGGUGGAGUCCCUGUUGGACGUCCUCCUGCAAACCCUGCUGUCAAUCAUGAGCAAGAGCCAAUCGCAGGAGGCGGUAAGGGGUCAACGCUGUCCGCAGUGCACCGCUGAGAUCGCUGGAGAGUACGUGUCCUGCCUCCUGUCGCUUCUCCGUCAGAUGACAGAUAUCCACUUCCAGCACCUGAUGGAAAACUUUCAGAGCAAAGAUGAGCUGAAGGAGUUUCUGCUGAAGAUCAUGUGUGUGUUUAGAAAUCUGAUGAAGCUCAGCAUUUUCCCCCGAGACUGGAACAUCAUGAGACUCCUCACCAGCAACAUCAUCCUGACCACAGUGCAGUACCUCUCUCCUGCUCUGCACAAGAACUUCACAGAAGCCGACUUUGACUUUAAGGUGUGGAAUUCCUACUUCAGCCUGGCGGUGCUCUACAUCAACCAGCCCAGUUUACAGUUGGAAAAUUUGAGUCCUGCUAAGAGGAAGAAGGUCUUAGACAAAUACGGUGACAUGAGAGUGAUGAUGACCUACGAGCUUUUCAGCAUGUGGCAGAAUCUGGGUGAGAAUAAGAUCCACUUCAUUCCCGGGAUGAUUGGUCCGUUCCUGGGAGUGACGCUGGUCCCGCAGGUGGAGGUGCGAAACAUCAUGAUCCCGAUUUUCCACGACAUGAUGGACUGGGAGCAGCGCAAGAACGGGAACUUCAAACAGGUGGAGGCUGAGCUGAUUGACAAGCUGGACAGUUUGGUGUCGGAGGGGAAAGGAGACGAGAACUACAGGGAGCUCUUCGGUUUGCUAACCCAGCUGUUUGGGCCUUACCCCAGCCUGCUGGAGAAGAUCGAGCAGGAGACGUGGAGAGAGACGGGCAUCUCCUUCGUUACCUCCGUCACACGACUGAUGGAGCGGCUGCUCGACUACCGGGACUGUAUGAAGGGAGAUGAAACCGAAAACAAGAAGAUUGGCUGCACAGUUAACCUCCUGAACUUCUACAAGUCAGAGAUCAACAAGGAGGAGAUGUACAUCCGCUACAUCCACAAACUGUGUGACAUGCAUCUGCAGGCGGAGAACUACACAGAGGCCGCGUUCACCCUGCUGUUAUACUGGGAGCUGCUGCACUGGGACGAGCGUCCUCUGAAGGAGUUCCUGCAUUAUCCUUCUCAGACCGAGUGGCACCGCAAGGAGGGACUCUGCAGGAAAGUCAUCCACUACUUCAACAAGGGGAAGUGUUGGGAGUACGGCAUUCCUCUGUGCAGGGAGCUGGCCUUCCAGUACGAAUCCCUGUAUGACUACCAAAGUCUCAGCUGGAUACGGAAAAUGGAGGCGGCCUAUUACGACAACAUCAUGGAGCAGCAGCGCCUGGAGCCCGAGUUCUUCAGGGUCGGCUUCUACGGCAGGAAGUUCCCUUUCUUCCUCAGAAACAAAGAGUUUGUCUGCCGUGGUCAUGACUACGAAAGGUUAGAAGCCUUCCAGCAAAGGAUGCUGGGAGAAUUCCCGCAAGCCAUUGCAAUGCAGCACCCCAAUCAACCAGACGAGGCCAUCCUGCAGUGUGAUGCACAGUACCUCCAGAUCUACGCAGUAACGCCGGUGCCGGACAGCGUGACCGUCCUUCAGAUGGACCGAGUACCGGACCGCAUUAAGAGCUUCUAUCGAGUGAACAACGUUCGCCGCUUCCGUUACGACCGGCCCUUCCACAAAGGCCCCAAAGAUCGAGACAAUGAGUUCAAAAGUCUGUGGAUAGAAAGGACGACUCUGAUCCUCACCCACCCUCUGCCCGGGAUUUCCCGCUGGUUUGAGGUGGAGAAGAGAGAGCUGGUGGAGGUGAGCCCGUUAGAAAACGCCAUCUCUGUGGUGGAGAAUAAGAACCAGGAGCUGCGCACUUUGAUCAGCCAGUACCAACACAAGCAGCUGCACGGCAACAUCAACCUGCUCAGCAUGACGCUGAACGGGGUCAUCGACGCUGCUGUUAACGGAGGCAUCGCCAGAUACCAAGAGGCUUUCUUUGAUAAGGAGUACAUCACGAGCCACCCUGAAGACACUGAGAAGAUCACACAGCUUAAAGACCUGAUGCAGGAGCAGGUUCACAUCCUGGGAGUCGGUCUGGCUGUGCACGAGAAGCUGGUGCACCCAGAAAUGCGUCCCCUGCACAAGAAGCUGAUAGAUCAGUUCCAGAUGAUGAGGAGCAGCCUCUGCCAUUGCUUCUAUGUGUCUCUGCAGGGUCUGCCUGGUUUAGACAAGUCCGGUUCAGGGCCCAACACACCCAGAGGAAUCCUGGCCACUCACGGCCCCAUGAGCCCCGAGAGCUUCAAACUGAUGCACCGACACAGUCCCGUAGCUGUUCUGACUCCUGUGCGCAACUCCUCCUCCUCUCUCUCCUCUCACAACUCCAGUGAGAUGGGAAACGUUGGCAAUCUGCUGAUCCUGGCUGACGGCAUGGUAGUGGAACACCCCGAGGACUUCUACCGCAUGCAGGCGAGCCUGUCCUCCUCCAGUCUUAGCUCCACCCACUCUGCGCCUUCUCAGAUGAUAAACUCCGCCCCCUCAACCAUCAGAGUCGGCUCUCCGUCUCUGCCUGACAAAUACAGACACAACAGAGAGAUGCUGAUGCUGCUGCCGCCGCACAGAGAGAGGCCGAGCAGCGCGAUGUACACCAACAUCACAGACAAUGGACAGCCACCAAACUUCCAGCGAGCUUUGUUCCACCAGGUGAUCGGUCCAUGCAAACCCUGCAGCGACCCAAACCUCUCUGUGGCUGAGAAAGUCCUGACCACUCCCAGCAGUUGGAGUUUGGACAGCGGUACCAGAGAAGCCCUCCCUUUCCUUUCCUCCCACGUUGGCAGUGUCAUGGCACCACCUGUUCCACCACGCAACCUGCCUCAAGGGCAACACCUGUCGAUGCACUUUGACGCUUUCCACCACCAGGUCAGCGACCUCCCUCCAGCUCUCCCCGCGCGCUCUUUAAGAAAG